UGCGUCUUCACGUUGCCAGUAAAACAUCCUUGCAUGUGGAAGAAGAAGUGGAAGAAUUGGGAUUUAUUUCGGCCGUGUACAUGAUUUUAUAAAAUAUAAAAAAGUGGAAAGAAAUCCUUUUUAAAAUUUGUUUAAAAAAAGUGAAAGUCGGAUUUUUUUUCUGGUAAAAAAGGUUGGAUUUUUUUACUUCGAGGAAAGUUUGAAAGGUGGGAAAAAUAUGAAAAGUUUGGUUCUUUUUCUGUAUGAUAUAAUAUUUUAGAGAGAUUUGUUUCAAGGAUAUUGUACUUUUUGUGAGAAAAAUUUGGAUUUUUGGUGGUUCUUUCUUCGCAAGAGUUGAAAGAUUACUUACACAUUUUUACGGAUUUUAUGAGGAUUUGUUUAAAGUGAAAAGUUAACUUUGUGGUUAAAAGUAAUGUUCUAAUUGUCGUGAAAGUUUAUACAGGAAUUAUAAAUACGAGCUAAAUAUUUAAUUAAGAGAAAAGUUUUAGCACGCUAGAAAAAAAAACUUGUGAGACUUUUUUUCGGAGAUAGAAAUACCUAACAUUUUCCUCGAAUAAGAAAUAAAAUAACGUGUCUCGUUAUUUCUUUGCUUUGCUGCUGCUCGAGUGUCUCGAAAAUAUUGGACUAAUGACAAACUCGUGCUCCCUUUGAUAUUCGGGAAGAGAGAAAGUGGAGAUUUUUUUUUGUCUGGGAUGAAAUAAAAGGAAUAAAAUCUUUUAUGAAGGAAGUAAGGAUUUUUGGACUUGAUUACAUUUUUCAAACGUGAAGUUGAUAACGGACGGUGGUGGAAAAUCGUCUUUAAAGUUAAAAUUUUCGUCCCCUGAGGAAGAUAAUAUUCAACCGUGUUACUCCGGAAGUGGAUUACCGAUCACGUUUCGAACCCCGUCAAAUACAAAUAUUGUUCUCAACGCGUCCUCCAGCUCCACCCCUUUCGUCAGAAUGAUCGAUCAGCAGAGAUAUUUCGACAAACCGGAACCGGGUUGUCGAGGAGUGGGGAAUUUGGUGCGACUCGGACCAAUGUCGAUAUUCCGGUCAACACCGAUUCGGCUGUCCCUCAUAUUUCCGAAAGAGGAUUCCCUGCAUAACGGGAUCCUCGCGGGGUGUGACCGUCUCGCGUGGGAGCCUGGCGUCAGAUUGACCAGCAUACCCGACCAGCUCAGCUACCUGGGUCACGACCCGUUCGGCAUUAAUCUCCUCCUGCUCGACUACCGACAACCAAAACUCCUCCCUCUCAACAUCCUCCCCGUCAUCAGAUCUUUAAAGGAUGAAAAUUCUACCCUUGUUGUGGUAGCGUUUGUGAAAAAGAAUUGUUGUACUUGUGGAAAUUGCAGCUCUCUCGACAAGUGUGAAUCAGUCAUUUGUAACUUGCAAGACUACGGAGUGGACUGGGUUGAGACAGACUGCGGACUAACCUCGUCCAACCACUGGCACCACCAACUCGCCCAAUAUGAGCGCUGCUUUCUCCUCCCAGCGCUCAAGUUGGGGUCGGCGAAAACCCUGCUCGUCGCGCUGGACCAGUGUCGCGACAUGAUACAAAUUACAGACUCGUCCCAUCGAAUCCAAUUUGUGAAUCGAGCUUACGAACGGUUGAUGGGCUACUCAUGCGAGGAGAUUACAGGAUGCGACUUUCACGAAUUGCAAACCCGUGGGGGUGGUGGGCACCAUAACAGUUUGACCAUGGAGCCCGACGUCCAAGGAAGGAAUGACGCCAACAGUCCGACGACACUUAAUACUGGGGGAAGAGUUAGUCCUGCUGGGGCAGCGGUAGCUACGACGAGUCAACAGGGUCAACACCACGGUCACCCAUUGCCACCCCCGUUCCACGACCACUUGCUACAGGAAAUAUCUCACGGGAAGGAGUGGGAAGGAAAUUACAUGUACAAUCCCAAGGCGGGCGACCCCAUCUUUCUCAACUCAAAAGUCCUCCCCUUCAACGUCAACUUAAAUCUCAACCCCAGCGUGAACCCCACAGGAAACGCCAACUACGCGUCUUCUUCCCCCACCUCUGAUAUUCUCGCCGGCAUGACCAAGUGCAAGCUGGGCUCGACGCACUACAUUUACGUGUCGGACGUGCCGAGCGUGUAUGCGGAGAAGGGGGCGUCGAGCGAGGUGGGGUCGAACCAGGACGUGGGGUACCCCAUGCCCCGAGGGAGCCUCAAGUCGCUGAGGAAGGCGUCCUAUGACAUCAAGUCCAUCAGCAAUGACAGCUCGAAUCCGCAUCCGGGUGGCGCGGCGUCCUCAAAUAUGCACAAUUCUGGGUGCGGCCCUUCCUCCUCGUCAUCCGCGCCAUGUUCAAAUCCCAACCACCGCUCCUCCCUGGCCGACAUUAUGGACAAAGGUUCCAUCCUGAGGAGGCAAAGUUUGGCGAAAUUGCACUCACUCACGAUCGAGGCGCCGAUAACGAAGGUGAUCAACAUAAUUGCCGCGGCGCAGCAGAACUGUCCCCUCUACAUUGCCCAAGCGUUGGAGAAAGUGCUGGAAAUUUUGAGAACGACGGAACUCUACUCACCCCAAUUUUUUGAAGGGGGCAGCAAAAUUAAGAGUGAUGAUCCAUUAACGACCGAUCUGUUGGGAGCGUUGUUGUCGCAAGGCCCCCGUCUCUCCACAACUGGGCGACGCUCCUCCAACGAGAACACUGCAUCACGCCUCGCACCCCGCCCCUCCCUCCCCGACAUCGCCGAAGCACCCACAAGUCUGCAAAAAUUACUGGAAACAGAGGAACGCUGGAGCUUUGAUGUCAUUCUACUUGAAGAAAUCACGGAAAAGAGACCUCUCGUGUGGCUCGGAAUGACAAUAUUUGCGCGAUUCGGCGUCGCCCAAGUUUUGCAGACGGACGAAGCUACGCUUAGAAAUUGGUUGACACUUAUCGAAGCGAAUUAUCACACUACGAAUUCGUACCAUAAUUCCACCCACGCGGCGGACGUGAUGCAAGCCACCGCCUACUUCUUGUCGACGGAAAGACUGAAAGGCUUCUUGGAACCGUUGGACGAAGUUAUUGCCCUCAUCGCAGCCGUUGUGCAUGACGUGGAUCAUCCAGGAAAAACGAGCCCGUACCUCAUCAACUCUCAGCAAGACUUGGCCCUGCUUUACAAUGACCUCUCCGUUUUGGAAUCUCACCACGCCGCGUUCACCUUCAAACUCACCCUGUCCGACGCCCGCGUCAACAUUUUCGCCAAUUUGGAACCAGACCUUUUCAAAAUUGUGCGCCAGUCCUUAAUCGACAUGGUCCUCGCGACCGAGAUGAACAAACAUUUCGAACACCUGUCGAAAUUCGUGAAUGUUUUUACGAAACCGUUCCUUCGUGAGGAUAAUCAGUGUGGAGGUCAAUCCGACCACACUCCUUUGACCCCGACGGAACCGGAUAUUUCGACGUUGAUAACGCCCGAAAACGUGGUCCUGAUUAAACGAAUGUUGAUCAAAUGUGCCGACGUGGGCAAUCCGACCAGACCUCUGAAACAAUGUGUCGAAUGGUCGAAACGCAUAGCGGAAGAAUACUUUCGCCAAACGGAGGAAGAAUUGGCGAGAGGGUUGCCACCCGUGAUGCCCAUGUUCGACCGGGCGUCGUGCUCCAUACCGAAAUCACAAACGGGGUUCGUCGAUUAUUUCGUGGCUGAUAUGUACGAGGCGUGGGAUGCGUUCAUCGACGUACCCGAAGUAAUCGAACACAUGAAGUACAACUACGACUAUUGGAAAGAACAGGACAAACUUGGGCUCAGAGAUGCUACGCUUAAUGAAACUUAUCUUCAAAAGUAUCCCCAACCUGUCUCGAGAUUCGUGAGUUUGAGGAGUUUGGAACAAUCACAGCUUUAAAGAGUUGAAUAUUAUUUUCGAAAAAUAUCUGUAUUUCCAGUAAAAUUUUUACUCAAUAGUUUAAUGCAUUUUUAACAUAUUUUAUUUUUUGGAGGAGGAGAGGGAUUGAAAAUUGGCCAAAAUUUGUCUCAGGACAUCCGUAAUUAAUGUUGUAAAACAGUUCAGGAAAUUAUUUCUACAAGACUUUUUAUCACCUUUAUUUAAUGAAAGAGAGAAAAACACAAACUUGAAAAUGAUGUGUAGGAGAACAACUCAAUUAAUUUAAGAUAAAUGGAUUAGUUAGUAAAUUGAUGUCACAUAAAUGUCGUAAUAUACAAAUUCAUGUCGUUCAAAUCCAAGUUUUCCUCACAGAAAGCGAGAUUUAAUUGGAAAAUUGAGAAUUUAUUAUUCUAUGAAACCGUCUGAGAUUCCCGUUCAGCUAAGAAAAUGAAUUGUUCUGUUAAGAAAAUGAGGACAAAAUAUUUAUGUUUUUUCGGUGUGAUUAAUUAAUUAAUCAUAAUUGUUAAGUGGAUGUAACAGUGUAACAAAAAAGCUACCCUUAAGAACUCUAUAUCUCUUGAAGUAAGUUAAAUAUCUAUGAAAAUCAGUCAUGUUAUUAAUUAAUUAAUUAAUGGGGAUCAUAAUUAUCUUCAUAUCACGACUUUUUUUCUAAGCUAGAGAGAAAAAUAUCUAUUUAAAAGAAUUUAACGUGUCAUUAUUUUUAUUAAUUUAAAUUUUUAACCUAGAAUUACCAUUUUACUUAAUUUACCAUUUUUACUUUUUGUUACGGAUAUAGUAAAUAAUUAGCUAUUUUAUUUUACUAAAUUUUAAGUUGUUGACUGACCAUGAAAGAUUAAUUAAAAUUAUAUAAAAUUAAAUCUAAAAUUUCAAACUCUUACCUGAUUGAUGAUGGAAACAAAAGAAAAAUUUUAAAUCUGUAUUCCUACCAGGACGUGAAAUACCCUUAUCAACAAGAAAACAGAACAGCUUAAUAUCUUACAAAUUUAAAACACAGAUUAUGUAUUUAUGAGAUAUUUAAACAUGUGAGGAAUUUACUUGUGGUAAAUAAUUUACAUAAAAAAAUUAAAUAUUCGAUGGUGCUAAGGAUAGUUAAACUAAAAUUAAAUGUUGUCGUAAUUUGUGUCAUGUUGUUGUAUCGUGAAAUUACUUAAUAUAUAUUCGCCAAAAAUGUUAUUAUUCUGAGUUAGUUAAUUAUAAUUAAUGAUUAAUUUUUUAUACCAAUAUUGAUUAUCAAUUCAAUCAAAGAAUGAUUAGUUUUAUUUACCUAGAAGAUGAUCUGUUUUUCGGAUAGAUUUAAUUUAUAAAUACAGAAAUUAAUUGGAUUUUCCUUA